AUGUCUACAAGUAGCACCAAUGGCGUGUCUACCACAUCCAUGGGGGGAAUAUCGGCCAUUGGUGCAGCUACCGGCAGCAAUAAUAAUAAUGGUAAUAGUAAUAAUAAUAUGUUGACAGGUCCUGCUUUUGACGGGAUUGUAUUUUUCAAUAAUAAUGAUAAUAACCCCGGUAGUGGUAAUGGUGGUGCGAGCGGAGGUAUUGAUUUCUCUGGGUUGCAAAGUGGUACUCCUACUCCUACCAGUUCAGGGCCUGGGAUGGGAGAUGUGUUUGAAAACACAUUCAGGGGUCCAGAGCCAUCACAAGCACAAAAGUCGCAAUCAUCAACCCCAAAGAAUUGA